AUGAACAGAAAAGGGGCCACCUGUUUUAUCGCUCAAAAUAAAGGAGCUUUCAAACACCUGCCUAUGAAGUCGUUGAAUAUUAAGUGGCACCACAUAAUACAUCUAAUGUGUCUUCUGAUGAAAAGGGAGAAAAGCCUACAAAAAAAGGAGAUACGUAUUCUUUCUAAGAAAGCUUUUUUCGGAGUACACUGUGGACGAUAUGGUCGACACGGUGAGUACUUGCACGACCCAACGCAUUUAUUCCCCAAUUUAACUUCUAGUAUGCGAAUCCUACAGAUUCGGCUUUCAGACCUAAUACAGCGCCACAUAAUUCAGCAAUAUUUAUCCGGCUUCCACAGCUUAGAUAUUUUGAGCUGCUUGGAUCUCACAGGCUAUUAUCAAUACAAGUCGAUAAAUCUUCCUAUAUAUUUCUUUCUCCGGAGUCGGGGCAUAGAUCUUCAGUUCGAUACCAAAAUACGGGAAUAUCGAAUUGACGGUCAACCAAAAUCGUCUCGGCUCGACGUUUCUCAGAAUGGACUUGAUUUCAAAAAGACUAUAGGGCCUAGAGAUAUCGUCAUUUGUACAUCUGGCUCGACCGUUUCGGGAUCUAAAAUUGGAACAAAUGAUCUCCCGCCAGCUCGCCAUUCAAUUUGCGCACGCAAAUCUGAACAUAUGUUGGAGUCUUUCACCAUCACAACCGAGGACAUUAGACUUAUUAAAUUAAAUAUGUUCAGUCUCUAUCGCGAUGCACGUCUAAGGCUGGUGCAAUCAUUCAUAUGA